AUGGAUGCUCAUUACCAGUUAGAUCGAGAUCUUCUUAAUCUAACUAGUAGUAAUGUGAAUGAUAUAGUAGUGCAUCUAUCGUACACCGUUUAUCUCGAGAAAGAAAAACUUAUGUAUCGAUUUGUUGAUACACUUGUAACAAGAAUUCCUAUUAGAGUGCAAUCAAUCGAUUCAUAUGCUACAUUAAUUCAUUUCUUUGCAGUUAAAUCCACAAAAUUUACAUUUAAAGAAAAAUUUAAAUCUUAUUUACUCGAUAAAAUAUUUGAAAAGCCAUAUAUUGACUUCAUAUACAACAAAAUUCCACUAUUUGCAACACUUAGACAAUGUAUCAAGCUAAAAGUAUUCGCUAACGAAGAAAUCAGAACAAGAGCUCUCGAAGACUUCAGCUUUACAUCACAAUACUCACUUCUUAAGGCGUUAUUCUUUCUUCCCGAAAUAGAAAGUCAACAAUGUAAUGAUAUUUUAUCGAAUUUUGUCAGUAUUGCGUUCAAAAGAAGCAAUCUCGGCAUAAAUGCUCAAUUUUUAGAGUCCCAUAUACAAAAUCUUACAGAAAAUAACUAUUCUCUACUAUUAGAAUGCAUUCAUUCCGGUAGUUUUUAUAAUGAUAUAGCUAAUUCAAUAAAAAAUGACGAUAUCAAUCAACUUAUACAUUUAACUAACAUUACAGAGUUCGAUAUAAAUGGAAGAGUUCAAGAUAAUCUCUUUGAACAUGGUUUAUUAUGCCAUUCCAAUCCAACUUACAUUUCUUACUCAUGUUUCUAUGGUUCCCUCAAAUGUUUCAAGUUUCUAUUACUUAACAAUGCGGAUAUGAACAUUACAGACGAUCAAAACGGUUUUUGUCCAGAACAUUACGCAAUUAUGGGUGGAAAUGCCGAAAUCAUCAGAAUUGUGAAUCAAAGAAGGUUCGAUACCAGAUGUACUCUUCAGCUUGCAGUUCUUUUCUACAGGGAAGAUGUUUUCGAGUGGCUUUUAAACACCAGAAAAAUUUCUGUCAAAAACGAUGACGAAAAUUUCGGAAAUGUUGUUCAUAUGUGUUCAAUUUCUAACAAUUUCAGGGCUCUGCAGCAUUGUAUCACUCUUGGUGCUGAAAUCAAUGACCAAGGUUUGGACAGUUUGACACCUUUACAACUGGCCAUUUGUUUCAAUUCAAAAGAAUGCAUUCAAUUAUUAUUGAAUACAAAAACGAUCAAUUUGAAUACAAUUAACAAAAAACAGCAUACAGCGUUACAUGUUGCCUCCAUGACAGGGAAUUGUUUUGCCAUCAAAAAGAUGAGGAAAAAGGAAUGUAAUCCAAAUAUUUCUGAUGCAAACAAUUGGACAGCUCUACAUUUUGCAAUUUCAACAAAUAAUUAUAAGUGUGUAAAAGCAUUGUUGAAGUUUUCUGAUAUUGAUUUGAGUAAGAAAACAAUUAUAGGUGAAACACCAAUGCUUUUGGCAAUGCAUUACGGAAAUAAGGAAAUUAUUGAUUUAUUUGUUAAAUUGAAUGUUCUUGACCCUAAUGAUAAAAGCAAUAGUGGUGUUUCUGCACUUCACAUUGCUUUCUCGCAAGGAUUGACUGAUAUUAUUAAGUAUUUCUUGUCUUUGCAGAAUUGUGAUGUUAAUAUUGCAAAUAGUAUGGGUCAAACUCCAAUUUUUGAGUGUGUAAGUCAUGGAUAUGUUGAAGGACUGAAGAUAUUGAUGUCUAGAAAUGAUGUCGAUGUGAUGAAAAAGGAUAUAUUCGGCCAAACAAUUUUUACUAUUCCAAAAUUAGUUGAAAACGAAGAAAUUGUUUCAAUUCUGAAAAAUUAUGCUUUAGAGCAUAAAAUCAAAAUUUGA